CUGAAAAGAGGUGGAGUGCAGCCAUGAGGACAGAACAGACAGAGUCAUGGAUCUGAGUCUGAAGCUGUCACUCGUCUCUCUGAUGAUGAUGAUGAUGAUGAUGAUGAGGAUGACGAAGACUUCAGCGGCUGCAAAAGAGAACUUCUGCUCGAACUCGACGGUGAUGAGGACUCGGACGUCCUGUCACUCCUGCAGUAUCAGUGUGUUGAUCCCAUGUCCGUCAGGAUACAAACGGACGCCAGGAUCCGUGGCUCAGGACUGCAGGUACUACGUCAAAACCGCCAGUCUGAAGUUGCACAUAAGCGGCUGCUCCUUCGAGUGUUACCGGGAGGUGGAAGUGAAGAGCUGCUGUCCUGGUCACUGGGGUCCGGACUGUGUCGAGUGUCCUGAUCGUCCUGACAAACCCUGCAGUGAGAGGGGAAACUGUUCUGAUGGAGCAGGAGGAGACGGGACCUGCAGCUGCCAGUCUGGUUUUGCAGGGACAUCCUGUGAGGACUGUGAACCAGGUCGUUUUGGUUCCAGCUGUAGAUCAGUGUGUUCCUGUGUCCAUGGUCUGUGUGACUCAGGAUUAAAAGGUGACGGUCGCUGUACCUGUUUCUCUGGAUACAAAGGUCCCAACUGUGACCAAGAGGUACCUGAGUGUGCGGCUCUCACCUGUCAGCCGAACUCUCGCUGUAUGGAAGAAGCUCUGACGGGGAAACUGGUGUGUCAGUGUUUACCUGGUCACCAGAAGUCUGGAGAUCAGUGUUUAUCUAUAAACCCAUGUGUCCAGCGGGUCUGUCAUGUCCAGGCCUCCUGUGUCCACACCGGUCCGAACCAGCACCUGUGUGCCUGUAACGAAGGUCACAGUGGGGACGGACGAGUCUGCAUGGCCAUCGAUCCGUGUCAGACCAGACAGGGAGGCUGCGCCGCUCAGUCCACGCGAUGCGUCUACGACGGACCAGGAAAGUCUCACUGUGAGUGUCUUCCUGGUUUUGAUCACCUGUCGGACGGCGGCUGCAGCCUGAAGGAUUCCUGUCGACCUGGUUCCUGUCACAAGAACGCCAACUGUUCCACCGUGGGCCCAGGACGAGUGGAGUGUACGUGUGUCCAGGGUUACAUCGGUAACGGUAAAGUGUGUUAUGGGAACAUCAUGCAGCAUCUGAACGAACUGAACACAGAACCUGGAGGACAGUGGAGCGGUCAGCUGAGCAACGCCAUCACCCUGUUCGGUUCUCUGUCGUGGCCUCUGCAGAACCUGGGUCCUUUCACUUUGUUCGUCCCGAUCAAUAAAGGCUUCAGAGGAACUUCGGUGCGGACUCUGACCGCCGACUUGUCCAAAGCUAAAUACCUGUGUAAGAUGCACCUGGUUGCCGGAGUGAUGCCGUUUGACACUCUGAAGAAAACUGACGUCUUUUACACCCUGACUGGAAAAUCUGCUGAGAUAGACACAUCGGAAGGGGACACUCAGACUAAAAUCCGUAUCCAUGGCAGCAGAAAGAGAGGCGUGAUCAUCCAGUCUGACGUCGUCGCAUCCAACGGGAUGAUCCAUCUCAUCAACAAGCUGAUGGACAGCGUCUCGCCCACCGUGGAGAGCGACCCCAAGGAGAACCUGAUGAAGAUCAUCUCUGACUAUGGAAAAUUUGACACGUUCAAGUCUUUGUUGGAGAAAACUGAACUGGCGUCGGUCAUGGAUCUCCCCGGACCGAUCACCGUCUUCGCUCCCAGCACUUCAGCUUUCGAUGCGAUGACUGACGGACACCUGACGUUUCUCAGCAGCACUGAGGGUCACAACAAGCUGGUGGAGCUCCUCAGGAACCACGUGGUCCAGUCCACCACGCUGGAAGUCUACAACGCUGUGUCAAGUCCCACACUUGUGACAAUGGCCAAUCAGGUUCUGACAAUCAACGUGACAGAAAACGGUCAGAUCCUGGUUAACGGAGCAGCCGUGUUGGAGGCGGCUGUGGAAGCGAAGAACGGACGUCUGUACGUGCUGGAUGGAGUCUUGACUCCUCCCUCCAUCCAACCUGUGCUGCCCCACAGGUGUGACAUCACGGAGACAAAGACUGUCAGGGGUGAGUGUGUGCGCUGCUCUAAGGUCAAACUGUCGCAGUGUUCGUCUGGAGUUUACACAGGCGCCUCCAUCUUUGGAUGUGUGUACACGCUCACCUUUGGCAGUGUGCCCGGCAACAUCGUGGCAACCGGUUGCUCGCCGCUCUGCAACGCAACUGUGAAGACUCCAGCGUGUUGUAAAGGGUUCUAUGGUCCGGACUGCGGUCCCUGUCCAGGGGGACACCAGACACCCUGCUCAGGACACGGUCAGUGUUUGGAGGGGGUCGCUGAAAACGGGUCAUGUGUCUGUGAUCAGAACUUCCGAGGCUCUCGUUGUCAGUACUGCUCCUCCUCCAACAAACACGGACCGAACUGUGACACGACCUGUCUCUGUGUCCACGGACAGUGUGACAACCGUCCGGACUCAAACGGCGGAUGUAAAGUGGACUCGUGUCUGCCGGGCUUCACCGGGCGGUUCUGCGAUCGACAGACCGCGGUCUGUGGCGUUCAGGGUCAGUUCUGUCACGCCCACGCAGACUGUGACUUCAGCGAGGGGACGAUCAGGUGUGUAUGUAAACCUGGUUACCAGGGUGACGGUAUCACCUGUGUGGAGGCAGAUCCCUGUGCCCCGCCUCUCCGCGGGGGCUGCAGCGUGAACGCCAAAUGUAUAAAGACAGGGGCAGGGACUCGCUCCUGUCAGUGUCUGACAGGAUGGAGGGAGGACGGAGACGAGUGUCAACCAAUCAACAACUGUGACGGUCCUGACAGAGGGGGUUGCCACAGCAACGCCACCUGCAUCUACGUGGGUCCUGGACAGAGUGACUGCAGCUGUAAGUCCGGUUACCAAGGAGACGGUCGUGACUGUGAAGCAGUGAAUCAGUGCGUCAGUGUCUCUGGUGGUUGUCAUCACCUGGCGAGCUGCCGGCGGCUGUCGUCUCAGUGGACGUGUGUCUGUGACGACGGUUACCUGGGAGACGGACACCUGUGUUUUGGCACUGUGGAAGAGGAGCUGGUGGUUCUGCUCGAGGCGUCCCAGUUCUCCAGGUGGACCACUGACGCCGGAGUGUCUCUGUCGGACCAGAACUUCACGCUCCUGGUUCCAUCUUCAGCUGCUGUCGACAAAAUGUCUGCGGACGAUAAACACUUUUGGACAACGAAGGGAAACCUGCCGAGUCUCAUCAGAAAUCAUAUGAUCCCUGGAAACCACCCGUCAUCCAGCCUGAGCUCCACUUCCUCUCUGACCUCACUUCUCAAGACUACUCUUCCUGUUUCAACAUCCAAUGAGCUCACAACUGUGGGCGGAGCCACAAUCACCACAUCCGAUAUCACUGCGACCAACGGACUGAUCCACAUCAUCGACCAGGUUCUGGUUCCUGACAGGAAACUGAGUGAAGGGCUGUUGGGGACGCUCGCUCUGAGACCAGAGUUCUCUCUGUUCAGAUCAUAUCUCAUCGAUUACAACCUGACAGACGAGAUCCAAAAGGACGACGAGUUCACCGUAUUCGCUCCGACAGAUUCCGCCGUCAGCACUUAUCUUCAAAAAACGUCUGCGACGGCUCUGGAUGUGAACACGACUCGUUACCACGUGGUGGCAGCAGAGCGCCUGUUGAAGACCGACCUGCAGCCCGGAGGAUACAAACAGACGCUGCUGGGAUUCUCCUUCCAGCUCGGCAUCUUCCCUCGAGACGGAAAGCUGUUUGUGAACGACGCUCAGAUCAACUCCUCCAACAUCCUGAGCGGUAACGGAGUGAUCCACGGUCUGUCGGCCGUUCUCCACAUCAACAGGAACCGCUGCGACGAGGCGAUAUACAAGAAAGUCAUGGAAACCUGUGUCGACUGUUUGUUCCCACGAAGCAAAAUCUGCCCAAAUGAGACCGUCCCCGAGAAACCAGGCAGAAGCAGGAAGUGUAUGUUCACACGCAUGUUCGAAGAAGAGCGACUGUUGACGAUCGGCUGUAAAGCCUCCUGCCUGAGGAAGACUAUCGUGCAGCGCUGCUGCGCCGGGUUCUUCGGGCCGCACUGCGAGCCGUGUCCCGGGCCGCAGGCUCGGCCCUGCUCCGGUAACGGACCGUGUUCUGACGGAACCAACGGGACCGGAGUCUGUCGGUGUAACUCGGGUUUCAACGGGACGGCGUGUGAGACCUGCCAGAGCGGCAGAUAUGGAGUCCACUGUGAUCAGGUCUGUCGUUGUUCUCACGGACGCUGUAGCGAGGGACUGACGGGCGACGGGACGUGUGAGUGUGACGUCGGCUGGAGAGGAGUCGUCUGUGACGAGAGUAGGAAACAGCUCAGACACAUAUAUAAUAUAUAUUCAAUAUUAUAUACACACAGUAUAUAUGUGUAUACAGUGUAUAUAUCUGAUGACGUGUGGUGUGUUGCAGAGGUCGAGUCCGGAGUUGACGACUUGUGCGGCUCAGUGAAAUGUCACAGUAGUGCAAAUUGUGUGAUCGAACUAUCCGGACCCCGGUGUCUCUGCGCUGCCGGCUUCCAGGGGAACGGGACUUCCUGUCAAGCCACUGACCCGUGUGUGGACGAUAACGGCGGCUGCAGUCUGGACGCCGUCUGUAAGCGGACGAGACCCGGACGGAGGGAGUGUGUCUGUAACAACGGAUUCUCAGGCGACGGACUCGUGUGCGUUGAGAUAAAUGCCUGUCUGGAAGGAAACGGAGGUUGUCAUGCCAACGCAGACUGCGUCCACGUCGGACCGAACAAGACAACCUGUGCCUGUGCUGACGGUUACUCAGGUGACGGACAGAACUGUCACAUGAUCAACGUUUGCCUGAAGAAAAACGGCGGCUGCCACCAGAGUGCCCGCUGCAACAUGACCGCCCCCGGCGUCCGCACCUGCACCUGCAGGUCCAACUUCCUUGGAGACGGACUCACCUGCAAAGGCACCCUGGCGAAGGAGAUGCUGACGAGGAAGCUGAGAGACUUCUACCUGGCGCUGACGGUUCUUGAGAUUUCUCUGAGAGGUCGCGGCCCGUUCACUGUCUUCGUCCCGAGCAGCGCCGCCUUCGCAGCCGAUAGCAGGUUGAGGUCAAUGAUGACGAGCAAACGUAAAGAAACGUGCGGCGCCAUCCUGCGCAGCCACAUCGUUAUGUGUCACACGCUGCUUCCUGCCGACCUCAGUCGACCCCGGAACCUGACGUCUCUGUCGGGACUCGUCCUGACGACCAGCUCCUCCCAGAGCAACAUCUUCAUCAACCAGGUGAACGUCACGUACAGCGACGGCAUCAGCAUCAACGGCAUCUUCCACGAGAUCGACAAGGUUCUGUUGCCUCCCGACGUCGACACGGAUCCAGACGUCGCUCUGAACCUGACCGACGUGGCUGAUCGUCAUGGUUACAGAAGCUUCUACAAGCUGCUCCAGGACACUGGGGUCGUCGACCUGCUGAGUGACGGGACGACCGUCUUCAUGCCCUCGGACGCCGUCAUGGCGUCGCUGCCGCAGCAGCAGAGGGACUUCCUGUUCCACCCAGACCACCGCCCCCAGCUGGUGGAGUACCUGAAGUACCACGUCCUGCAGGGCCAGAGGAUCUACGCUGAAGGUCUGAUCCACCUGGACUCGGCCCGGACGCUUCAGGGUUCGUCACUCUCCUUCAACUGCGGAGGGACGGACGACAUCGGAGAAAUCUUCGUUAACGACGGGAAGUGUCGGAUCGUGCAGAGACACCUGGUCUUCACCGGCGGACUCGCCUACGGGAUCGACUGCCUGCUGACUCCGCCCAGCCUGGGGGGGCGCUGUGACGAACAGAGCAGCUUUGACCUGAAGAUGAGCUGCGGAAUCUGCAGCACCUCGGCUGUUCGAUGCCCGAAAGGGUCCAAACAAAAGGAGAUCCAGAAGUGCGACCUGCCCAAGAUGUUUGUGACGAAGAACUCUGGCUGUCUCUCCGUCUGCACCGUCAACUUCUGGCAACCAAAGUGUUGUCAUGGUUACCACGGACGAGACUGUCUGGUGUGUCCAGGCGGCGCUGGCUCCCCCUGCGGUAAUCGUGGGAAAUGUGAUGACGGUCACCUUGGAAACGGCACCUGUACCUGUGACGCGGGCUUCGGGGGCAUGGCCUGUGAGCAGUGCAGUGACGGAUUCUUCGGGCCAACCUGUAAAGCCUGUAACUGCUCACAACACGCGUCAUGUGAUGACGGGCGCAGAGGGACGGGCUCCUGUUUCUGCGAGGCGGGAUGGACCGGAGAGCGAUGUGACGUCGAGCAGGCUCAAGUCCUGGACUGUUCUCCGUCCUGUUCUCCGAAAGCCGUCUGCAAGGAAAACAACACCUGCGUCUGUCGGACACUUUAUGAAGGAGACGGAUUCACCUGUACAGUGGUGGAUAUGUGUCAGUGGUGGAACGGCGGCUGUGCUAAAGGAGCUCAGUGUUCUCAGCGAGGAGAACAGGUGAGCUGCUCGUGUCCUAAAGGUCACUCUGGAGAUGGAUUCACCUGUCAGCCCGUCGACCCCUGCGUCGCCGUGGACAACGGCGGUUGUCACGAACACGCCACCUGCACCAUGACGGCUCCGGGCAAGAAGAAGUGCACGUGUAAAGCCGGCUUCGUCGGCGACGGCGUGACCUGUGAGGUCAAACAGCUGCCAAUCAGCCGCUGUCUCCAAGACAACGGACGAUGUCAUCAAGACGCCAAAUGUACAGAUCUGCACUUUGAAGACGCGACGCUCGGUGUGUUUCACCUCCGCUCCGACAGGGGGCAGUACAAACUCAACUACACCAGGGCUCAGCAGGCCUGCGCCGCAGAGGGAGGCGGCCUGGCCACAUACACGCAGCUGGCCUAUGCUCAGCAGGGCGGGCUCAACAUGUGUGCUGUCGGCUGGUUGGACGAGGCCCGGGCGGCGUACCCCACCACCUACUCCAACCCCAACUGCGGCUUCGGACACGUCGGCAUCGUGGACUACGGCGUCCGGAGGAACCUGAGCGAGACGUGGGAUGCCUUCUGCUACCGGAGGAAGGAGGUCAGCUGUGAGUGCCAGCCGGGCUUCGUCGGAGACGGGUUCAGGUGCACAGGAAACCUGCUGCAGGUCCUCGCAUCCACGCCGACCUUCUCCAACUUCCUCACGCAAAUCCGGAACAACUCCGAGACGUCAUCGUCAGGAAAACAGUUUGUGCAGCGUCUCAGCAACCUGACGGUCCAAUCCACGCUGUUCGUCCCCGACAACGACGGGCUGCCCGGCAACCAGACUCUGUCUCAGCGGGACAUUGAGUUCCACCUGUCCGAGGGACGAGCGUUGCCGCUCAGCGAAUUGAGGAACGGAAGUCGCAUGCGGACGAGAGUUGGAAGUCUGAUGGUGGUCGGAGUGUCCGACCUGCUCGACCCCUCGGCUCUGUCGUCCCGUUACAUCAACGAUCGCUUCGUGACCGACUCGGACAUCCUGGCCUCCAACGGGAUCAUACAUGUUCUCCAGGGAGCCCUGAAGGCCCCACCCCCUCGCCACGAGAUGCAAGUGGGCCACAAGGCAGGAAUGGGAGUGGGCGUGACACUGCUGGUGAUCCUUGUGGCGGCGGGCGGGUGUGUGGGAUACAACUUCUACAGCAACAAGACCAAGGGCUUCAACUUCCACUACUUCAAGGACGAAGAGGAGGAGGAAGAGGCUCCGCACACAGGCUGCAGCCGCAGCAUCUGUAACCCGGUUUAUGAAUCAGCUCCAGAGUCAGAAUCGUGUGAUGUCACAGCGGCGGACAAACACGAGGAGGACAGAGGAUCAUGUGACCUGCGGGACGGAGGAUCACGUGACCUGCUGCGGGACGGAGGAUCACGUGACCUGCGGGACGGAGGAUCAUGUGACCUGCGGGACGGAGGAUCAUGUGACCUGCUGCGGGACGAUUGAAGGGAAGCUGCAGCGUCAGACUCUCGCUCUGUGGUUCAACACGUGGAGCAGCUGAUGGACGACUAGACACUGAAGCGUCGUUGUCUUCAGCCACAGAACAGCGACGAUGCUUUCAGGUGCUCAGUCAGAUUCUCUCCUCUGAUUGGUUUAGAAAUAUAAACUGUAGAAAUCCAGCAGAUCACGUGACACUGAAAAGUUAAAUGUUUAUUUAAAAAUGAAACAUUGUUUCUAACACACACACACACACACACACACACACACACACACACACACACACACACACACACACACACACACACACACACACACACACACACACACACACACACACACACACACACACACACACACACACACACACACACACACACACACACACACACACACACACACACGAUUUUGUUUCAACAGUUUUGUGAAUGUUUGACUUUUCUUAAUUUCAUGGGUAACUUUGAUUAUGUUGAAAAUAAAUCUCAAAGAAAUAAAGAGUUUAAAUAAA